CGCAAGUUUAAAGAUGAUUCACCGCCCGCCCGACCCAGCUCCCGCCUUCCGUGAGCCUCGUCAUUAUACUUCUUGCGCUGAGUGAGCCAAGUGCUACGUGUACAUUUGUGUGUCUAGUGUUCGGAAAUGCCAAAAAACAGAGGAGCUAAUAAGCGGAAACUCGAAGCCAUAUGCCGUUUGAAACGGAAAAUGCGAAAAAUGGAGGAAAAACUUAAAAAAUACGAUUCAAGUUCAGACUCCGAGUCCACCACCACGAGCUCGGAUAUAAGCAAUGAUUCUGAUUCAGAUAUUUGUAAUGACGACAGCCAACCCGAACGGACCACCGAAGCAAAAAGUGAAUUAUCCACUAUUUUGGGGGAAAAUCCAAACAAUAAAAGUUCGUUUGGACCAGAAUUAGCACCAGAUUUAGCGAACAGAUGGUCUAGCUACAUCGUGCAAGGCUUAGAUAAAGAAACGAUCACUAAGACCUUUGAUUCCGUCCUUUUUCCUAGUAACUGCUCACUUCUAGAAGCCCCUAAGAAUAACCCAGAAGUGGAAGCUAUGAUUCCUCCAACAGACGUUAAGAGGGAUAAAUUCCUUAUGUCAUUACAAAACCAAUUGGAAAAAUCAAUAACUGCCCUUGGUAACGUGAUGACUAACAUGCUUCAAAACGUUGAGUCCAACACAGAUCCAGAUCCCACUCUAGUCGGAUUAGUCGAUGCAGGGAAAAUGUUGUGCUCCAUUCAUCACUUAAUGAGCACACAUCGAAAAUAUAUGGUGCACCAACAUUUCAAUAAGAAAAUGCAAUUAGUGGCCAUGGGUCAAACCAGAGAUUCAAUGCUAUUUGGUGACGAUUUUGCAGAAAAAUGCAAAUCUGCUAAAAACCUGGAGUCAUUAGCAAAGGAACUGAGGUCUACAACGGCAACGAGCUCAAAAAACUUGAAGGGACAUGCCUCGAGGAACCGGUGGCGGCCAACAGACAACAAGAAGAGGCCCAGUUACAGCUACAACAAACCAACAUUCAAGACAAACACUUGGAACAAAGAAGAUCGCUACAAAAAGGGAAAAGACAUCAAGAAACAACACGAAUGGAACGGGCGCCGUUAGAGGAAACCACACCCCCUAUGGAGGAACCUUACCCUGGGUGCAGCAAUUUUAUCCGGCAAAUCUACUCCAGGAAAAACAUAUCGGAGACUUCAAUAGAAAUUAUUGUUGGAUCCUUUAGCCAAAACACACUAAAACAGUACAAUAGCACAUUUUCAAAAUGGUGGUCAUUUUGUACCGGCAAUACUAAUAUAAUAUUUCAGGCAGACGCACAUAACAUUCUCAAUUUUUUAACCCAGGAGUUUGAAAAGGGAGCAACAAUCACAACAAUUAAUACACAUAAAUCUGCUCUAAAUUUGCUAUCUGAAGCUGGAAAAUCUGUAGAGGUGGAGCGAUUUAUAAAAGGAGUUUUCAAGGCAAGGCCAUCUUUUCCAAGGUAUGAAGAGAUCUGGGAUCCUUAUCCGGUAUUGGAAAUGCUUGAGAAAUUACAUCCUUUAGAAUCUCUGGACCUAACAAACCUGUCAGUUAAGCUAGUCUUAUUACUUGCCCUUGGAACAGCUCAAAGGGUCCAAACACUAGCAAAAAUAAAGUUGAGCAACAUACUUUCCUCAGAAGACGGACUUAAAAUCAUGAUUACAGAUAUAUUAAAAACGUCAGCACCCAAGAGGCCACAACCGGUAUUGAUAUUUCCCUUUUUUAAGGAGAAACCAGAACUUUGCAUAGCGACUACAAUUCUUCAUUAUAUAAAACGAACAAAACUAUUCCGAAAGAGUGAAAACUCCCUUAUAUUAACUGUAAAGAAACCCCAACAUCCUGCGACUACACAGACAAUAAGUCGUUGGAUAAAAUAUGGAUUGGGAAAAAAUGGAGUAGACAUAAAUAAAUUUAAAGGUCAUAGUACUCGCCACGCAUCUUCCUCGGCCGCUUUUAAAACUGGAUUGAAUAUUGAAAUUAUAAGGAAUUCAGCUGGUUGGACUGAAAAGUCAAGCUCUUUUGCUAGGUUCUACAAUAGACCGGUAUCUGCCAAGGAAACACCAUUUGCGUGUUACAUAGAAACAUUAACAAAAUCGUAAUGCGUAAUGUGCUUUAAUCCACGAAUUAGAAUUAAGUAUCUAUUUUCCUAUUUACAGUUUUAGCGAUUUCAUUCUGUUUAUAUAUCAUAUACCUUAAUUCGUAAUUAAAUGUUCGAAUUAUGAUGUUACAUUCUAAGUCUAAUAAACAAAUUAAUUAGAAUAAGUUAUACUUACUAUUUUCUGUCAAAAUUGC